CCGUCCUCUAAUUCCAUCUCCUCGUGCAGCAAGGCCCUCCGUCGUCCAGGCCUCCAUUAGCAUAUUGAUCCGAGGCUUCAAUUUGCUAUAUUAGCUGCAGCAGUCUGUGCGGGUUGGUCUCAGAGGAUACGGAGGUGCAGCAGGCUGAACAGCAGCCAUUCGGAUGGGUAACGUACCCACAACAGUGAAGCACUGCUUGAGCUAUGAGCAACUUAUCCAGGACUACCCAUGGCUGAGACGCUGGCUGCAGGAGGAGAAGACCAUUACAGGACAUGAGUAUCCAGAGUUUGUUAAAAUCGUUGAGGUUGGGCCCAGAGAUGGACUUCAAAAUGAAAAGGAAAUUGUUCCGACGGAGGUGAAAAUCCAGCUGAUAGACAUGCUCUCACGAACGGGCCUGUCUGUGAUCGAGGCCACCAGCUUUGUCUCUUCAAAGUGGGUACCGCAGAUGGCAGACCACAGUGACGUGCUCAGAGGGAUCCAGAGAGCGCCUCGUGUUCAGUACCCUGUUUUGACACCUAACAUGCAAGGCUUCCAGGAUGCUGUUGCAGCUGGUGCUACUGAGGUGGCCGUGUUUGGGUCAGCGUCUGAAACCUUCAGUAAAAAAAAUAUUAACUGCUCUAUUGAUGAAAGCAUGCUGAGGUUUGAGGAAGUCAUUAACACUGCCAAAGAGCGACAAAUUCCAGUCCGUGGAUAUGUUUCUUGUGCCCUCGGAUGCCCCCACGAGGGACACAUCGAACCUUCCAAAGUUGCUGAGGUGGCAAAGAAGUUAUAUGAGAUGGGCUGUUGUGAGAUUUCCUUGGGGGAUACCAUCGGUGUUGGUACUCCAGGGUCCAUGUUUAAGAUGCUGCAGAGUGUGAUGGAGGAGGUGCCCACCAACGCUCUGGCAGUUCACUGCCAUGACACCUAUGGACAAGCACUGCCCAACAUCCUAACUGCGCUCAAGAUGGGGGUCUGUGUGGUGGAUUCAGCAGUAGCUGGCCUGGGAGGCUGCCCGUACGCUCAGGGUUCAUCUGGCAAUGUUUCAACAGAGGAUGUUCUCUACAUGCUCCAUGGCAUGGGUAUUGAAACUGGUGUGAAUCUCGCCAAAGUUAUAGAGGCCGGUGACUUCAUCUGCAACGCUUUAUGCCGCAAGACAAACUCCAAGGUUGCCCAGGCCACAGGCAAAACAUUGUGAUGUGUUUCUGAUGAGGAAUAUGUUUUAAUAUUUCACCCUGUUCCCUUUAAAGUGCUUCCCCUGUUGUUGCUGCCUUUCAAUUUGUCGUCUAUGCUGCUGUAUUUGAAGUGCAUUGUUCCCUGUUUUAAACCGUCUGAGGUAUAUGAAACAAAUACUAUCAAUACUUGUGUUCCAAAACCAGCUCUUUCAAUUUCACUUUCCUUUGUUCAGUGUUUCAGUUCAUUUCCACAUUUUGGAGUUUAUUCAGACCUGAAGGACCAUCAUGAUCUGCCUAAUUAUCUUUUUUUUUGUGUGAUAUUUUGGUUGUCUUGAAACAAGGAUGUUGAAAAUAACUAAAGGAAGACAAUUGGCUCUAAGAAAACCUUUUUUUCUGUGAUAGAAGUCUGGAUUGAUGAGUUAUGAAUACAUGUGGCCUUUUUACAGGCUGAAUUAUCCACUUCUGUUUUUAAAUUUUAACACAGUUAUUUGGCUCUUACAAAUAAACCCAGUAAAUAUCAGUCACUUUUGUUAUUUGCAUAGCUCAGUGGCCUUAUACAACAGAAGUAACAAAACAAGAAUUUAAUAGCUACAGUAUUCUCUGCUUUGGCUGUGUACUGAGGUUAGUAUAGGUUAUUAUCACCACAGGUGUUUCAUUUGAAUAAGACAAACUAUAAAAAAAAAAAAAAAAAGCUCCUUGCUGCUUUAUAAAUAUGAAUAUUUCCAUAUGUAGAAUACUUCUGAAGAUCUGUUCAGCUUUUCCUCCCCAGUUUGAAGUCCGUGUGAUCAUCCAGAAAAAAGACUCAUCUCAAACUACCAGAAAAAUAGCCAUUUUAAAGCAAUGUACAAAGUGUUUUUGCCCUCAGGUUUGCCAAAGAAGUGCCCCUUGACUGCUUGCCAUUAAAAAACUUGAACCAUGACAUAAGCUAUCGUCCAUGUGAAAGUCAAAUGUGGCUGCAUUUCACCUGUGUCUCUCCUGUCUGUUUACAUCCUGCUAUCUGUAAAACGUAACAAUAGAAACAUUAAAAAAUGAAUGUGACACUGAAUUUUAAUGAACUUUUAUCUAAA